GAGGUAUAUAAAGGUACACAGCCACCUUUAGCAUCAUCAGUCAACAGACACAGUCAGGUCUCAAAGGAUCGCAAUGGCCGCUAAGCUCGCAGUAUUGGCACUCGUUUUCGGCGUCGCUUCAGCCGGAGUUUUUGACGGACACGGAUUGUCAUAUUCUAGCCAGGCUGUCCACCUCGCCCCAGCUGUUCACGCCGUUCAUGCUGCUCCUGCUGUCCACGCUGUCCACGCCGUCCACGCCGCUCCCGUAGCUCACCACGUCGACUACCACGACCCUCACCCCGAAUACAAAUUCGAAUACGGAGUCCACGAUGCUCACACCGGAGACGUCCACAGCCAGACCGAAGAAAGGAAGGGUGAUGUCGUCCACGGCAGCUACUCCCUCGUCGAACCCGACGGUUCCAAGAGGGUAGUCGAAUACACCGCCGACCCCCACAACGGAUUCAACGCCGUCGUCCACAGGGAACACAACGCUCACCCCGUCGUCCAGAAAGUAGCCUACGCCGCCCCCGUUGUCCAAAAAGUAGCCUACGCCGCCCCCGUCGUCGCUGGAUACCACCACCGAGAAGGAAAAGCCGUUUGGCAUAUCUGCAAGGUCGUUCGAGUGGGGGCGACAACCACUAUCCACCUAUAUAACCGUCGGCCACGCCGCAGAAGUCAGAGUCAAUCCAGAAUCACCAUGGUCGCCAAGUUCGCAGUAUUUGCCGUCCUUUUGGGAGUCGCUUCCGCCGGUCUUUUUGACGGUCACGGAUAUGGAUACUCCGGCCAGUCUUUUCAAGUUGCUGCACCCGUAGCUAAGGUAGCUUACGCCGCUCCUGUUGUUCAUGCUCCGGUCGUCCAUGCUGCUCCUGUUGUACACGCCGCUCCCGUUUACCAUUCAGCUCCCGUUGUCCAUGCUGCUCCUGCUGUCCACGCUGUCCACGCCGUCCACGCCGCUCCCGUAGCUCACCACGUCGACUACCACGACCCUCACCCCGAAUACAAAUUCGAAUACGGAGUCCACGAUGCUCACACCGGAGACGUCCACAGCCAGACCGAAGAAAGGAAGGGUGAUGUCGUCCACGGCAGCUACUCCCUCGUCGAACCCGACGGUUCCAAGAGGGUAGUCGAAUACACCGCCGACCCCCACAACGGAUUCAACGCCGUCGUCCACAGGGAACACAACGCUCACCCCGUCGUCCAGAAAGUAGCCUACGCCGCCCCUGUAGCCAAAGUAGCUUACGCUGCUCCCGUCGUCCAGAAAGUAGCCUACGCCGCCCCCGUCACCAAAUACGCCGUCGCCGCCCCCGUCGUCUCCUAUGGAUACGGACACCACUAAAUACGGAAAUGCUCAAUUUUGUAUAUAAACAUCCUUU